AUACCACUGAAUUCGACAAUAAGAGUCGUAGAAGGAGAAAUUAUGGAUUUGUCAUGCCGUGUGACAGGAGGGAAUCCGCUCGUGUCCAGGGUCAAACUGGAAUGUGGGUCUUUAGAAGAGACCAGACAUCGAUCGGUUACUGAUAAUUCCGUCAUAGAACAGUUGGUAUUCGUGGUACGUCGACGGUAUCACAAUAAGAUGACCUGUCAGUGCAAAGCUACACAUAGAGCACAGUAUAGCCUUACAGCGGAAGUGAAAGUUCUUAUUGAUUAUGCACCAAGCCUGACACUGAACAUAACGGCGAAUCCACAGACUACAACACUCGAGUUGACAUGUGUUGCAACAGGAUCUCCAGCUAACUACACAUUUUCAAGAUUCGCCCACUAUUAUAACAGUCGCAUCGUGAGGCUGUUGAAAGGGAGACGUGUGGCUCCAGAUAGAUUACAGCUAACCAUUGGCCGGUAUAGCGUGGACGAUGAUGGAGACUAUCAGUGUACUGCUGCUAACGACGUCAGUUCAACCCAUAUCACAAGACCUGCAUUUCUUGGCUUGAAACCUAUGGUGGUUGAAGGUUCAGAGGAAUAUGAAACGGUCGUAGCUGUUGUUGGCAGAAAGUUAUCGUUCAACAAGACCGUACUUCCAACGGGAGGGGCAAGAUCGUGGAAUUGGACUGACCAGAAUCGGUGCGAGAGAAACCAGAGUUCGGGAAUAUAUAGACUAGUGCCGUAUGUUGUCUUUAACGUCUCAAACUACAGGCGUGUCUACACAUACUCGAUCUGGUUCGACUCGGUUAAAGAGACGGACUUCGGGCGAUAUACCCUCACAGUGUGCAACAAGCCUGGAUGCAGUUAUUUUUACACAGAUGUGAUGAAAGCAGCUUUGCCGUACACUGAAUCAAAGAUCUUGGUCCCAGUGGUUACCAGUGCAGUGGUAGCUGUAGUUGCCUUGGUCGUAAUCGUCGUCGUCGUCUUCGUCAUCGUCCGUAAGAGGAGGCGUUCAAGAAAACAUGAAAGUUAUGAUGUGGACCGAGCAGAACGGUGCGCGGAAGUUGAAGAGCGAUUACCCGCAACGACAGGGAUGUUAUAUACAGCAGACGACCGUUUUGUCAAGCCGAGAGAAGUUUAACCUACAGUUUACCAUAGUUUGACACCCAAUAGCCGAUGCAUUUUUCGUGCUGGGGUGUCGUUAAACAUUCAUUCAUUCAAUCAUUCAUUCUUAACCUACAGAUUUUGUUGAAACCAAAAUAGCGUCUGCUUUACUAACCGUUAUCUUGAUAUAACUAGCCACCUGUCUUAUUCAUAGCUUAGCGAAGAGACAUAACAUGUUUUGGCAUCUAUUGAAAUCAAAUCAAAUCGAAUCAAAUGAAACCAACAUCUUUGCUAUAAAUGUCGUUUUAUACGAUAUUUCCUUUGUGUAUGUUUUACGUUUUCUGUUUUUUCUUCUUUUUUUCUGUAUGUUAUUGCUGAUUGUUUUCUGUUUUGUUCUUGGCGCGUAUGUUUGUUGGGUUUGUUUGUUUGUUUGUUGUUGUUGUGUGGGUUUUUUUGCUGCUUUGGUUUUUGGUUUCUUUUGGUUCAAUUUCAAGUGUAUAUCGAUAUUGUAUGUGUAUGUUGUCAGAGAUAUUCUAGACAGAAACGUUCCCUGGAACUUGCUGUGUAUUUAUCAUCUAUAUUUAAUCGCAUGACAAUGUGUUUAACAUUUUAUAUGAAUAUUAUUAGUAGUAUUAUUACUGUACUAUUAGUAUUGUUGUUUAUAUUUAUUUAUAUUUCACCAUCUUUUUUCCCUUUGUCAUUCAAUUUAGGUUGAAUUUUGUACAUACAUGGAUAUUCAAUUAACGAUCUAGCUCGCUAUUCUGGACAAAAACCACUGUUAUGUGGGACGUUAGUUCAGGCUAGCGGGAUAGUGAAUAGUUGUUAGUAGUUAGUGAGAAAGAAGUCGGUGUCAUGACCUCUGAUAUCAAUAUGGAACCAUCUGAGUUGGACGGAUCAGUAUACCAAAGCACAUCUUAAAUGGUCAUCCCAUUGGGCUAUAGUGGGAAACCUGCUACAUUUUUCCUUUAGUAGCAAUGAAUUUUUUAUAUGCACCAUCCCACAGACACGAUAACACACA